AUUCAAUGUCUUUAUAACUUAUCCGACUUUUCAAACAUCUUCAUCUCAAAAUCUUACUUGAACUACAUUAAUCAAAACAAAAAUUUCAAAAUCCUUUUAUCAGACUCUUUCUCUUUGCUAUUUUCAAAAUUGGCAAAAUACUCAAAAGUCCUAAUAGACCCUUCUAAUUUCUUGAGAACUUGCUCAAUUUUAAACCCUCACUUAAAUAUCCCCUACGACCAACAAGACACUCAAGAAUUUCUAAUGUUUUUACUAGAUAGAACACACAACGAAUUAUCUCAAAGUGAUUACAUAAUUAAUCAAUACCCCCAUCUAAUCAAACCAAUCAACUAUUUCACAAACAUUUCUUCAAAUAACAUUGAAAGACUACAAUACGAUAAAUGGUUCAACAACUUGAUCAAAAAUCAAGGUGUCUCCCCAAUUAAUCUAUUCUUUGAAGGAAAAUUCCAAAGUUCCUUGAAAUGCCUAAUAUGCUCAAAGAUUUCAAGAAAUUUCUCAACCUUCUCAAUACUAUCACUACCAAUUCCAGAUAUCAAUUCUCGCUCAAUUUAUAUUGAAGAAUGCUUUACUGCUUUCACUGAUGAUGAAAUCUUAACUGGUGAUAACGCUUGGGCUUGUCCUAAUUGUAAAUCACUAAAUAAUGAUAACAACACCGACAAUAACAUUGAUAACAACAACAACAACAACAGCAGCACCACUAACGAUAAUAAUGAAACUAAAUCCUCUAUAUUUAAGUUUAUAUCAAAAAGAGAAAAAAUAAAAGGAAAAACGAAAGAAAAAGAUAAAGAUAAAAAAAAAGAUAAAAAAGAUAAAAGAGACUCAAUUAAACCCACAAAUGUUAAAAUGAAAGCUAUAAAAUCUCUUAAAUUUAUUGAUCUACCAAAAUUGUUAAUCAUCCAUUUAUCAAGAUUUUCAUUCAAACAUGACGUGAUUAAAAAUAAUUCAUACAUUAACUUCCCAUUGAUUCUAAAAUUAAAAAUUAAUGAUGAAAUAAUAUCUUAUAAAUUAAAUAGUUUCAUCAAUCAUGAUGGUAACUUGAAAAGUGGCCAUUAUACCUCUAUUAUUCAUAAAAAAAAUAAUUGGUAUCAUUGCGAUGAUUGGAACGUCUAUCUAGUGAGAUUACCGAUUAAUAAGAAUGGCUAUAUAAAGAGUAAUUUAGUUUAUGUUAUUUACUAUGAAAGAAUU